GAGAUCAAACAGGCCCUACGUUACUUACAGUUUACUGCACUUCUCUUGAAUGAAUAGGAAGUAUUAGACAGUCCUCCUGUACAAGCCGGUUGUGAGAAGUCCUGCAGCGCUUCGAAACAAUAAGCAGGACCGGCGCUCACCGUGGGCUCCACAGGAAAUAUGUCGAUUUCAACAUGACUCUUCCAAUAAAACAGGUCACGUACUGCAUAUUUGGUCUCCUGGACCUUAUCCUUCACGCCUGCUCCUUAAUGGUGAUGUUCCCACCAGGUGACACGGCGUCGCUGAACUGCUCGUACCCUAAUGCCUCAUCGAUUAUCUGGUACAGACGCCUCACUGACCAGUCUCCUCAGCCUCUGCUGCGGGCGUUCGACCCUUCGGACUACUAUGUCUACACUGAGUCCGGUCGACGCUUCAUUGUAAAGGAAAACCACAGCUUGGUCAUCCGUAAUGUUUCUUGUGAAGACACGGCGACGUAUUACUGUGCAAGGCUAGAUAAAGAUGUGUGCAGUUUUGGUGAAGGGAUCGACCUCAGAGUGAACGGUUCCAAUGAAGGGAAGAAAGACAAUAUCAAUGAAAAGGGUGGUUUUGCCUCAAGUGCUGCAAAAGGAUCAGAAUUCUUAUUGUAUAUUUUCAUUGCUGUGUUGCUGCUCUCAAACAUUUUACUGUUGUUGUGGAUAGCCUUUGAAAAAAAAUGGUUGUCCUAUGGAAACAUUAAGAUAUCUCAGGAGUCCCAGCAAGUCAAUAAUGAGAAUGAUCUCCAUUAUGCUGAAGUGAUGACAGCCAAAAACCGAAAAUCCAAAAUAAGUACAAUGUAUGCUGAAGUACAGAUGAGGAAGACACCAUAAAAUUUACUUUUAGAGCCUGAAUUACUUUUACUUGUCAACCCAGUUUCAAUGCUUUUGUUUUUCACAGACAGCAGGUCACUGAUAUUACAUACAGUGCAUCCAGAAAGUAUUUACAGUGCAUCAC